UAAUCGUGUGAGGAGCGAGGGAGGAAGCAGAACAAGGAGGAUAGAUAGUUCGAGACGGAACGCAAAAAAAAGGCAAAAAGAUACUACUCUCUCAAAGAUGGCGGCUAAGGUGGUAAGCAGCGGCAUUCAGCAGCAUCAGGGCAGUAACGAGAAGGAGCAGGGCCCGACCGGUGUUUCAUACGCGAGUGUACUGAAUCCAAAGGUUCCGGAGACAACGACGUCGUCCGCAGUGGGUUUAGGAUGUACUAAAGAGAAUAACAAAGAGAACAUUGGCGAACAAGUCUCGACUCAACAGAAUCCGGAUGAGACUAAAGGCAAGUCUUAUAAAAAGGCUUGUCGCAGAUUUGAAACUCACAGACAUAAAAUUACAGAGCGUAGACUGUAUGGAAAUUACGUACCACACAAUAAUACACCGGCUCCUAUAGAAGCUACCGCCCCUGUAAAAACUACAAACGUAAGUCGUCCCAACGGAAGCGUUCAAGAAGGACAUAACGAAGUUUUAAAAAAUGGAGAUAUUGGGAGCGAUGGAGAAUUUCAAACCGUCGCUCCAAAAAGUGCCAGACGAAAGGAAAAGUUAAAGGAGCAGAGGGAAUAUGUAGAGCCUCAACCAUAUCGUAAUAAGGAUAAGCAAAGGUUGCAUGGUCGUAAUGGGGAAAGUAACGAAAGAUUACAUAAGGAGAGGGAGUACCUAUUUAAUGCCAAAGAUGGAUUGAAAGAUAAAGAGAAAGAGAAGGACAGAGACGCUGAGGUGUAUGUCGAAGAAGUUGAACAUCAACCCAUAAGAUACAUCGAGGCACCAAUUCCUGUCGUCAAUCCUUGGACAAAGAGCAAAGUAAAUACGUUACAGCCAGCCGCCCCGACACCAACUACAACUCCUGCUCCUGCAGUGACAGCAUCUGCACCCGUUCCUGUAAAUAAAGUCGUCGAAAAAGAAAAGAGAGUUUUACAGCCGCAACAACAGAAAGUUAAAGCUGAAAACGGCGUGAGUAGCAGCGUUCAACCGACAAUUGUAAAGGCUUCCAAAGACAGACGAAAGCCGCGCCGACGAGCAAGCAAUUUCGCGGAUAUUGGAGAUUGGCCGACUUUAGGAGCUCAAGGCGAGAAGAAACCAAGCGUUAACGGUCCGAAACAGAAUGGUAUCGCCGAACAUCAAAACAGCUCAAAAGAAGGCAGCAUUGGCACUUCCGAAAGCAAAGGGAAGGAGAACAAGGAACAAAAUCACUUUCACGAGGACAGCGAUGAACAGACGGAUAACGUAGAUAGGAAAAAGAAAACAAAUAAAUUAAAAUGGGUUCCUUUAGAAAUUGACAUUUCGAAAAAUCGUGGAAAGCGCGAUCGUUCUCCAAAACAUUUACAUAGAGACAAAAAUGGAGAUAGGCGACUCGAUGACAAUUGGCGAGAAAGAGACUUUGAUAGGCCCACGUACAAUAAUACAUACCGGGGAAGUCGCGGAAGAGGAUAUAGAGGCAGAGGGAGAGGACGUGGAGGUCUCUCUCGUGGUGGUUUCCGGCACAGAUACGAUUAUAUAGGAUAUCCACUGGAUUAUUCUCAGAUUAAUAAAUUUGGUGCAACCAAUCCUUCCUACAUGAUGCCUUAUAUGGGAACGUUUUAUUUUAAUAACGUAAAUUAUGUAAAUUUGGAUAACACGACGUUAAAAGAGUAUAUAAGAAAACAAAUAGAAUAUUAUUUUAGCGAAGAAAAUCUUUUAAGAGACUUUUUUUUAAGACGAAAAAUGGACGCUCAGGGCUUCCUACCGAUAACUCUAAUAGCAUCCUUCCACCGAGUUCAGGCCUUAACUACGGAUGUUUCUCUAGUCAUAGAGGCCAUUACAGAGUCAAAUAAAUUAGAAUUAGUGGAUGGUUUUAAGGUGCGCACUUUACUCGAUCCACUUAAAUGGCUGAUCCUCGAUACCGCUGGCAAUCCAAUGUAUUCGGAUUCAUCCGACACCUCGUCCAAUUCACAAAAUGACGUAAUGUUUUCUCAUCCUUAUCAAAUGGAUUUUCAUCCAGCAGCCAAGCCCUUGGCAACAAUUCCGACACCACCUAUACCCCGCAUGUUUCAAACCACAUCCGUAAUCACCGAACCGCUGCGACUCAGCGAAUCCGAAAGCGUCGCCUCGUCGCUUGGCGACAGCCUCAAUCCAGAUGUGCCAGAAUUCGUUCCGAUUGUAUCGAGCGUUAAUAAAUCGGAGGACUCUGCGGAGACGCAGGAGGAGCAAGUAAUCGAAAUGUCCGAAAAGUCUGAUUCGAGAAAGAAAAACGCAAACGUCGAGUUACAGGAAAACACGAAAGAGAAGUCUGAUUUACCCUUAACUAACGGAGAUGCUCAACCGGGCAUCGAUGAUGUUUGGAAAGAAGUUAAGAGAAGAGUGAAGCAGCCUUCGAAAGCGAAGAAUGUAAAUAAUCAAAAAGUGAAUAAUAAAGAGCAGGAGAAGGAAGAGCUGGAUUUUCAGUUUGAUGAAGAACUAGAUACUCCUCCGCCUACUGGGCGUCACAAUGCUUUCUCAGAAUGGUCCGAGGACGAUGAUGAUUACGAAUUAUCAGACAGGGACAUAAAUAAAUUACUGAUUGUUACUCAGACUUCGUCAUCAAGAAUUCCUAAACACGAGGGCUACGACAGAACUGGAGAUUGGACCACACGAGUUAAAAUGUCACAAGACCUUGAGCAGGCGAUCAACGAUGGCUUAUAUUAUUAUGAAGAGGACCUUUGGGGAGAGGACGGGCAAAGAUAUGGUUCUUCAUCAUCAGUCGGGAGUUAUAAGACAAUUAACGUCAUCAGUCAAGAGGCUUUUGAAAAGAUAGCACCGAAAGCUCCUCGGAAAGCGAAUCCCGAGGUACCGCCACCGCCGCCAAUGCCCAUAGAGGAAAUAGAAAUGCAAAAAUCCAUUAAACCACCCGCACAGUCAGCGCAGGUACCCAUGACAUUAGUACCGGAAAAGCGCGAGCAGAUUGUCGAAAAGAGGCGUAAAAAUGAGAAAUUCCGCGAAGUCAGAAGGACUGUGCCGCGAUUUUUCGCUGUUGUUAAAGACGAACCAGCAGUUGAUCCAAGAACACCGCGGAAGCGUAAAACACGUCACAGCAACAAUCCUCCCGUUGAGCAUCACGUCGGUUGGAUUAUGGAUGUUAGGGAGCACAGACCAAGAACUUAUUCGACAGGAAGCAGUACUGGUACUAGCCCUAAUGAAAGUUAUUUAGCCAGUAGUUAUGGUAGUGCUCCGCAAUCGUUGCCAACUUUUCAGCAUCCCAGUCAUUCUUUAUUGAAGGAGAAUGGUUUUACUCAGCAAGUGUAUCACAAAUACCAUUCACGCUGUUUAAAAGAGCGCAAAAGACUGGGUAUUGGUCAGUCACAAGAGAUGAAUACACUUUUCCGGUUUUGGUCAUUCUUUUUGAGAGAAAACUUCAACCGUACCAUGUAUGAAGAAUUCCGAACUAUAGCGUACGAGGAUGCUUGCAAGGGUUAUCGUUAUGGACUCGAGUGCUUAUUCCGAUUUUAUAGCUAUGGUUUGGAAAAGAAGUUUAGACCACAACUUUACAAAGACUUUCAAAUUGAAACCAUAAAGGAUUAUGAGAAUGGUCAACUUUAUGGAUUGGAAAAGUUCUGGGCGUUCUUAAAGUAUUAUAAAUACGCAGACGAACUUCAUGUUGAUCCUAAAUUACAGGAGCAUCUUGAGAAAUUCAAGACUAUAGAAGAUUUUAGAGUAGUAGAACCACAAAUAGACGAACUAUCGAGAUCACAAGCUGCGAAACGACGCAAUAGAAGUGUCUCGGAAAGUGGAAGCGGAGUGGAAGCUUCUCCAAGUAGUCGGGUACGCCGAUUAUCUGGUGGUUCAAGUACAGUCACGUUGCCAAUUGCAAAUACUUCCUCGGUAUCCACAUUGCAGUCGCAGUCGCAACAAACACUGAAACAAAACGUUAAUCUGUCGCAGUAUCGCAACAGAGCGGGUUCCUUCGGCUCAGGAAGACUCGGACAUUCCAGACGGCGUACCGAAUCCUCGUCGUCGACGAGUCAGCCUCAACAGCAACAUCAGCAGCAACCCAGAAGUAGACAUAAUUCGGGAUCAUUUGCAAAAACUCAAGAGGUGCUCAAAACCGCUCAGAAGUACUGAACCUAUGUAAUGGGGAGGGAUAAUGGGGGAUAGUCCAUCGUGAGAUAGAACGGUUAAAUUGAACCAACACACACGAACUCACACGCUUUGAUAGUUCGGAUUAAUCCACAACCCACUUAUGUGCGCGAAAGAUUUUUGAUAAACGACAGAGUAUUUUUUGACUUUUAAAUAUAAAAUUGUUUUUAUCGACGACGAACAUUAAUGAUUGACGUAUCUGUGCACGUAUAUUCAAUUACGCUACAAAACAAACAAAAACAAAA